GCCCCUCGGCACUGAGGCUCCCCGACGUCCGUAAUGGAGCAUCGGGCUGCGCUCGGCUCUCUGCUCCUCGCUGUGCUCCUGAGCUCUGUUGGCGCACAGCAUGUCCUACCUGACACAGUGUCCUUCUGCUGCGAAGGAGACGUCUUGUUCCUGCUCGACUCCUCAGGAAGCGUCUCCUCUUACGAGUUCUCCCGCAUGUUGACCUUCCUGUCCGAGCUGCUGCGCCCCUUCUCCCUGGGGCCUGCAGAAGUGCGGGUCGGGCUGCUGCAGGUCAGCACCGUACCGCACCUGGAGUUUGGCUUUGAGGCGCACAGCACGCAGCAAAGCCUGCAGGAGGCUCUCCGGAACACCAGACAGCUCAAGGGAGACACCAACACAGCGGAGGCCUUGAGGUUGUCGCAUCGCCGGGUUCUGAAUCCGGGCGCACCGGGCGGUGCCCGGCCGGGAGUUCCCAGGGUGGUGGUGUGGUUGACCGAUGGGGUGCAGCCUGGCGCUGUAGAAGGGCCCAUGGCAGAGCUGAGGCAGGACGGUGUGGCAGUGUUGGCGGUCUCCACGGGGCACAGCAACUACCAGAUGUUGCGGAAGGUUGUGACCCCGCCCACUGACGCUCACCUGUACUUUGUGGACAUUGAUGACAUCAGCAUCAUCACCAAGAGCCUCAGAGAUGCUAUUAUUGAGCUGAUUCGGGCACAGCGGCUGCAGGUCCGGGAUGUGACCUCUCACAGCGCCAUGCUGCAGUGGAGGCCCAUCCUGAGUGCAAGCACAGGCUUCUAUGACGUCCAGUACGGACCAGUCUGGACGCCAAACGAGGUCGUACCGUGGAGCGCUGGCACCAGUCCUGGCACCAGUGCCAGCCUCUACAGCAGGAUGACCCUCUCAGGGGAUACCAGCUCAGCAGCCCUCGUGGAAUUGAGGCCGAACACAAAGUACAGAGCCACACUGAUUCCACGCUCAAGUCUGGAGGUCCUGAAGCCCCUCAAUGUCACCUUCACGACACACCCUGAAGUCCUAAGUCCAGCUGUUGUCACGGUUUCUGAGUUGGGGACCGAGAGCGUGAGACUCAGCUGGGGGCCGCCGCAGCCAAAACUGGUGCAGCAGUAUCAGGUGGAGUACGCCGCGCUGCCUGGCGGAGCAGUCCAAACUGUCACUACGGAUCGACACCGGAACUCCACGGUGCUGACCGGGUUGCAGCCGGACACGCAGUACCUGGUCACCGUGGUUGCGCUGCACACCUCCGGCCUUGAGAAGGCCAUGUCCAUCAAGAUCUGCACUGAGGAGGAGCUUCCUGCUCUGGCAGACCUGCAGCUGACAGCGGUGGGAAGCGACUCGGUCCAGGUCCAUUGGAGGGGAACAGGGGAUUCGCUGCGUGGGUACUGGGUGAGCUGGGAAAAAGGCCAGGAUGGCCAUUCGAGCCAUGCGUCUCUCUACCUGCCCCCCAGCUCCCUUUCCACGCUGCUCACUAACGUGGCGCCCAGCGGCCGCAUCUGUGUGUCACCGGUGUACAGGACAGCGCGUGGAGAGGGGCUCUGUUGCACCGCGCAGCUCUGUUCAAAUGCAGCGCACAGGGAGUAUGGCUGUUACAGCAACCCUUGAUGGUAAUGGAGCCCUAGAGACAGAAUGUGGAACGGAAAGCAGCUGGACAAGUCAAAAAGGGAAGUGUGGGGACUCCGCAGCUGGGAAAGCAGACGAAGCCGCCAUCUCCUCCUGCACCCAGAUGGGGAUUGAUCCCUGUCCAACCAUCUGAUUAUAUGACUGGACCCAUAACCCAAGAUCUUUGAUAAAAGCUGCUCUACAGUCAGGGCCAUGGACCGUGGUGAUCUUCUCACAGCUGCACAUCCCAACUCCCAGUGAUUCCGCAACUCUUUACCGAAACAUCGUCUUCACCAUAUCCAUUGCAUAACAGUGCAUUUUACUCACAGCUCAUUAAUGCUUUUUGCUUUCGGCGUAAGAAAGGUAGGAGCGGGAACAUUUAAACUGCAUUUCAGCCACUUUGGUUGUGUUUGUAGCAAAGACGUCGAUUUCAAACUAUUAACCUAACAGAAAAUGGGAGGCUCUGUUCAUUUAGUCUGUUUCACAACGUGAUAUUUUUCAGCUGAGUUCUCAUUUGUAUGUGAUUUGAGGACCUCUUCAAACAACACACUUUACAUUUAUUCAUUUAGCUGACACUUCUCUCCAAAGCGACUUACACUGUUAAUCAUAACUAAGCUACAGUUAUUUACCCAUUUGAACAGCUGGGUAAUUUUUUUGGUCGAGCGAUUUGGGAAGGGCGGGGCGGGCUGCUCAAGGGUACUACAGCCAAAGGUGAGAUUCAGACCUGCGACCUUCAGGUCCAAAGGCAGCAGCAGCUCUAGCCACCACACCUUGAUAUGCUGACAUGUGUGAUAGGACAGGCUCGGUGGAAACGAGUCCAACAGAAGCGAGAGGGGGACCUGGGCGAAUGAGUAGUUAUCCAUUUGCUUUUCCCUUUUCUCCAAAGCAACGUGGAUACCACAAAAUGCUUUGCAAUGCACAUUUUUACGUUUCUAGAUAGAUUUCAGGUGUACCAGGUUGAAAAAAAACUGAACGUUUGAAUUCCCAGCUUUUGUCUCACUCCUUAACCACUACGGCACUGUCCGCAUUAUUAAAUAGAAAACUUAUUUUGAUAAUGUUGUUAUUGUUGUUGGAUAUAUCUACAUCUUAGAUGGAAAACAGGCUCAGACCAAAGCAUUUAUAAUUUAGGUGGGUUAUUUAGAGCCUCUGUUUGUCCUGGAAGCUCCUCAAUGGGUCACGAACACGUGGAAUCUGGGUACUUACUGCUCACUUGCGCUAUUUGAUGUGUCUGCUGCCGCCCAGUGGCCGAUUGGCUGAACUGCAGUGUGCGGCAGAGCGCCACAGACCCAAAAAUGUAAAAGCGACCCAUAAAUAAGAUUUCAGAAAUUCACAGAUAUAAUACUGGCAAUUGCAGGGAUUGUUAAUAAUGCAAAUAGUGUAUUUAAAAUGUAGCACAUACUGACAAGACGGCUAUAUCCACUUUUAAUUAUUUUUAUAUGUGAUUUGGUGAUUUUGUCAGGGACUAAAAAUGUGGCUUAAUUUUUUUAAAUGAUUACAACACAAAUCCUGUUAAGUUUCAUGUGAAGAAUGGGUGUAUAUAUCUUUUCAAUAAAUUAAAUUUGCUGUUCUAAUGAAAUUAGAUGUGUGUGUUAGAUUAAUCAAAAGAAAAGACAACUGUAUGCUGAGUAAAUCACUGGAAGGUCACAUUCUGUUACCCUGCUUUACUGAGCCGGUCUAGCGGUCACAAACCCGGGUGAGAAUACCUUGAGUUGAUGCCUGAUGCCCUUCCUUGUGGAAUUUUAAUCAGCGUUCCUGCACUUUUCCUUGUUGAUGUUCAUCAGUCAAAUGCAGAGUGCCUGGAAAAGGUAGACAGUGGAGUCUUGUUUGUUUCUAUCAGGGACAAGUGCCUGGAAGAGCUGUGCUUUUUUUGAGUUGUUGUGUUUUUCCUCCUGCUGUCCAGAGCCCUGUGCUAUGUUUGUGUUCUUAUGUAAAGCAUCACUGUUCUGCCAAGAUUGCACCUUCUUACUUGUUUGGAUAAAUUCAGUUCGGGGAACCACUUGUCCAACUCCUUACAGUAGCUCGUUUGAUCAGUAUGUAAUUGGGCACUGUGAAUAGUGUUGCUGUGCCUCACAGUACCUGGGUGGUGUGAGAGGACAAGGGUUUGAUCCCCGCUCAGUCUGGGGCGUUUGCAUGGUCUCCCCAUGUCUAAAUCUUUAUCUCAAUAUCGAUGAUUCCUAAUCAUCUUUCUAGUAAUUUUUUUUAAAGAUACAUGU